AAGUACCAUGGAAGCUGCGAUGACUCGGUGACUCUUGAGGGCACAUCAUUAAUUGACCUUUCUGACGCGCGACGGGUCUUCGAUUGUGACGUCACACCAUCCCUACAGGUCACAUCUUGGAAUAGCAUGACAGUGAUUGUGUCGAGUGGAUUGCAGUCAAGUUCUGAAGGAUUCAUAGCCAAAUAUAGCUUUUCAGAAAAGCCCGGAUGUAGUGUUGGAUACCCAAUUAAACAAGCUUCGGAGGAGGAGGGGGAGGAGCGUGUGAUCUUCUGCACGGCGCCGUCAGGUGUAAUAGCCUCACUGAACUACCCCUCCUAUAUAGCCUUAACCAACGAUUGGGCUAUCAUUACGGGAAAUAACACCUACAUCAAGGUCGACAACAUUCUUCUAAACUUGACGGAAACCUCGAGCAGUGACGAAGGAUGCAGAAGCUUUCUGGAGAUUAGGGAGGGAGACGACAACGGUGGCACUAAAACUUAUGAAUAUUGCCCAGGCGGAAACCCUAUACCAGAAAAGUUCUUGAGCAAAAGAAAUCGACUUGAUAUCAAGAUGACUUUCCAUGAAGGAGCCCUGGGAAGGUUUUAUGCAGAAUACCAAAGCCUAACAUUCCGCUCCGUUCAAAAUAACUCCGCCCCAGGUUACACUUGCCCUGAGGACUGGGAGAUGUACUUGAACUUCUGCUACCAAUUAUUCUCCAACGACAAACGUAUAACGUGGCAUGAGGCAGAAGCUGCCUGUCAAGUAAAGGGGGCGGAGUCUCAUCUGGUCAGCGUCAAGGGUACGGGAGCAAUGGACUAUGUUCAUCAUAAGCUCACCUCUGAUUGGCUUUUGGAGGAGAAGGAUAACACAUUAUACAUAGGACUGCAACGAAGCAAGGAUAAUGGUAACUUUCGUUGGUCUGAUGAUUCCCCUAUAUCGUUUACCUCGUGGUAUCGGUCGCCGGACGUGGGUUAUUGUCAGCCGAAUGGGAGUUCACUGAUGGAAUGCACAAUGAUUAUCAUGACACAGAUAAAUUCCAUCGCCCAGUGGCAUGAUGUUCCCUGCUCCCGACCUAGCGCUAAAAAAUACAUCUGCAAGCAACCUGCCAUUUCUAUGGAAACGGGCGAACCUUUUAAUACGGAUGAUCAUCCAGUGGAAUAUCAUCCCCCAAAUGAGAUCGCUCCUUGCGCAGAGUCACUGUUCCAGUGUAUAUCAGGCGAAUGCAUCCAGAAGAUUUUCGUUUGUGAUAAAAUAAAGCACUGCUCUAACGGUUCAGAUGAAUCAGAUUGCCCAACACACGAGGGAGGAUGCCCAGAGAACUUUUACAAGUGUACCGAAGGACAGUGUAUAUCGGCUUCAUUCCUGUGUGAUAAUAUCAACCAUUGUGAAGACAACUCAGAUGAAAGGGGAUGCCAUUACUCACCUUGCCGAAACGAUGAAGUCCCAUGUGCCAGUGAUCCUAAUGUGUGCAUACCACUCUCUAGGACCUGUGACCUCAUAGAUGACUGCCCCAUGGGAUCCGAUGAAACAGACUGCGAUGAUAGUCACAACCUGUUCCCAUGCUACUCGGGGAAUAUGCUCCCUCCCCAUGCUCGCUGUGAUGGUAUGAUAGACUGUAUUGGAUCAUCAUAUGAAGAUGAAAAAAAUUGCGACUACCAGUCAGAGAACUACACUUGUAACGAUGACACAGAACUACAAUGUGAUAAUGGAAAGUGCGUUGACCUGUCUACGAAAUAUAACUUCCAGUGCCCUCCGUAUACCUUCCUCUGCCCACUAUCCUACUGUAUUCCACUGCGCAUGCGCUGUGACGGGAUCAAGGAUUGUCCGAACGGUCAGGAUGAGCUGGAAUGCAAUGAAGGUUUGGAUGUUAUCAUAUAG